AUGGCCCCCGUCGCUGGGCAGAUCCGUCGGAGCAGGCAUCCAGUUCCGCUAAGAGAGCCGUCACGGCCGCAGAAGAAAAGCCAUUUGGAGAUUGCGGGGUUGAAGACAGUAUCUGACGCCGCUGCGAGCGACUUCCAGGAGUUUGCGACCACCCAAGACGCAAGCCAUACCCCUGACACUGCCAGCCACUGCGUCGGCAACGAUGACAGUGCGGACGCUCGUCGUCGCACUUGA